UCAGUCUUAAAGCGUACCUCCAUAGAGAACUAUCAUACACAGAGAAAGUGACUUUUGACGAGGUAAAAUACCUGUCACCUGAUUCAAUACCUAAACGAGGUGAUAUAUACAAGGUAACGGUGAUUACUGGGUGCUAAAAACAAUGUAGAAAUCGCACAAGUUUUGUUUAUUGGAAAGUCAGUGAGGAUCGGUAUCGUUUUCCUAAAGGUACUCGGAGCCAUAUUGAUCCGCCGGUCAGUUUCGCUAUGGGACGGAAACACUUAGGGAUUUUUAAUAGCAUGUCUGAGUGUCCAGCAAUUAUUUCAUCAUCUCCGGACAUUCGGAUUCUAUUCGAAAAUGUGUAGAAUGCAGGUCAGCGGUGUGAAGUGUUACAAGUAAAGAGCAGUGGUUUAUACCAACUCUUUUGUGUUCCACAACAAUAAAAGGUAACUCCUUUAUGACAAUUACAACGAAGAAUGACAGUAUGCCCCAACAGUAGAUGUAAGACUGUUGUGUCGAUCGAAGUCCAAUGACCCAGGGAUAAUGACAGAUACAGGUGGACCUACCCCGAGGCACUGUGUAGAAGAACAAUACGGAAGAAAAUAGUUUGUUGUAAUUUGUAUGUGUAUUGCGCACAGCUAAUUCUACCAACAAUGAGCACAGCUGUUCUCAUGAGUGAUACGUGGAAACCGACGGUUAUCCAACUGGUGCCGUUCGCUAACAAUAAAAUGCGCACGUCAACGGAUAAAGAUAAGCCGUAUUCCGAUCAAUCGAAUGUGAACACACAAAAGCGGAGUUUUCCUGUACUAGCAGUUACAAGAGUGAGUUCUGGGAAUUCUCUUCAGGACAGAAGCAGCCCUAGUGUUAAUCAUUCUUCACAACACAAAAAGGCGACAAGGGAUAAGGACAUUGGUAACACACAGUUCUCGAGUGGGAAAAAACUUUCUCUGGGGAAAAAGGGCAGCGAUGGAGGUCGUCAUAAUGUACGACAAGAUAGAAACAACAAUAAUUUCAACUACAACAGAGAGGAUGGAGAGUCCAUGAUGUUAAAUGAACUGGACCUUAAUGGUCAGACACUUGCUGGGUCAAGUGCGUGUUCAAUGGGGGAUACGAGUGGAGAUUAUUCCAGAAGGACCAGUGCUGCAAGUACAAAUACACGGACUUCGGUGGUGUCUCCGUCUGAGACUACACCUCACAAAGUCCUACCCAAACCUUCUAUCGGAUCUGCUAGGUAUUUUCUAAACCAGCCGGUCAAAGGAAUGGUCAAACCAACACCAGGGGAGAUAGAGCUACAGCGCUACAGGGACAGCUACGCAAAGGAGCAAGCACAAAAACGGAAGAAGUACAAACUGAAUAUAAACCAACUUCCACGGAGUACAACUCCGAUUAAUGACCAUGAUCCCGAUAAACUCAACAUGAAACAGGUCAUACAAUUUCUACAAAACCAAACAGUGCCAGUCAAGUCUCCACGACCACAAGUUCAACUGAACAAAUCCUCAGAAAAACAAAUGUAUUUGGACACAUCACGGACUGCAAGAAACGGAAUAGUUCACAAAUCAGAUAAUGGUACUAAAUACGAACAGCAGUUGUCUGAAAAAGUAGUGAUGCAUGAAAAUUCUCGUAAGAAUGCUCGCGGUUCCGCUGUGAGUCGAGUAUCUCACACGACAGCUAUUAGUACUAAGAGCACGCCUAUUUUAGCUCAAAGUUCAGACAAAAAUACAACUGGAUUUAAAACUACGUCCACAGCAAAAUCUAUGAUUGAGCGAUCCCACAGGGUCAAACGACCUGACAAGAGAGCAAAAGAGUUCAAAUUAUACCGUUUCCUUGCAGUGGUACCUGGAAACGAGACCAAGACAUCGCCUGUCGUGUUCUCUUCCCCAGAAUCUGUAGUAGAUAAGAAAGAAUUCUCGACAAACCGAGACAAAUUCAGGAAAGAAAAGGUUAUCGUUAUUCCAAAGGAAGAACCGGAACCGGAAAUAAGAUAUCGGGCAUCACUAGACAAAGACGGUAUUGAUAGUGCUCGACAGGGAUAUUCUGAAAGUGGAAAUGACAGUGACCUGGAUUACCAUAUCGGCACUAGAUCGGAAAAGGUCAAAGUUCCCAGGACGGCCAACGUGGUGCACAGGAGAGCAAAGAAACACCAGUUAAGACUUGACCGGGAGGAAUUUGCUGAUAGGAAUAUGUCUGACUCCGAAAUGGAAGAUACUCGGCGUUCAAGUACCAAUAGUGGUACUAUUCGACUUCCAACUGUGAAUGACUUCCCGGACGAACAAUAUUCCGAGACCGAACAUGACGAUGAUUCCGUUAUUCUCCGCGCCGUGUUUAAUGUUAACAACAAUAACAACAUUAAUAAUUCACAUGUAUUACGUCAUAAACCGGAAACAGAAAAGCACGCUCAUCAGGUGUCGUUAAAUAUGGACUCUUACAGUCCGACAGUUUAUGCAUCAAACCCUGCAUUUAGGGGAGCCGGUCGUGUUCAUAAAAACAACAACAAAAACCAAUUGGAUAACGGGCAUGCAUUACGAAAACUUAUGAUAAACAUUCCGGAUGAAAACACGGAACAGACGGAUGUGAUUAAACUGACCCUCCGUAAGGAGAAGAAUGCUACAAGGGAGACAAGUUACAUGACGGACAUGGCGGGAAAACAUAGCCUCGGUAUGAUAUAUAAUAGUGAUGUGUCCGAUGAAGGUUUUGACAGGAAUGUUAUUAGAAUAUCUACAGUAUCAAUGCAGCAAAGGGCUGGGAAAGAUCAGGAGGAUCCGGUCGUAAAUCCAAGUAACUCAAUGGCCAAAAGUUGCAUCAAAGUCAGACAGAAACUUAAGGCGAAUAUGUACAGUGAAUAAGUCGUUUUACGUCUCAACUCAUGUGUGUUCACGGGCACUCACUUGUAGUGUAGUUGUGUGGAAGAUCGACAUUUAUGUGCACAGGGACUUGGCAUGAACUCCGAACUCCAAACCCAAAGGCCAUAUCAUAUAUGUAUAAAACAUAAAUAUGAACCGUGGGCUGUGCCAAGUUCCUGUGUUUCUGUGCGUAGAAAAUAAUCGUUGGAGUAGAACGUCCGUGUUCAUUUUGUGGUACAGUUCACAUGGGAUAUUCAUUGGUUAUUCCAGGAGGAUAUGACUGCCAUUUUAGAUGUUUGCUAGAUUUUCUUUAAAUUAUUAUAUUAAUUAAAUUUAUUUAGCAAUACCAUAAAGUUUUUGUAAAGCUAUUAAUCGUUCUUCCAAAGAUUUGUUUGGGUGUCAAUCACACAAAAAAUGAAAUCGAUUGGAUAGCAAUUUCAUUUGUUCUUAUCAUAAAUCUUUCUUCACUAUGAAAUAUCACAGAAAGCUGUAACUUAGUAUCAAUAUAUUGUGUUUACGGACGACUUCUUAUUGUAUAGACGCUAACAGAACAGGUAUUUCAACAGGUAAACGGACCUCCGUAAACAAGCCCAGCCAUUGAUAUUUGAUUUCAAUUUAAACAGUAUUUAUCGACACAGAGGACGUAAAUUAUCAGUGUCAUACUGAUAGAUAUAUAUAUCUAUUGACUCUCUACCCUUGUGUGACACUAUUAAUAAAAAUACUGAAUGAAUAUAGUCA